AUUUACAAAAGCUAAAAAAGUUAUUUGGUCAUCAAUGGCAGAGUUAGAGAACCCAACUGUGAUGACUAAUGUUAUCACUUUUCUCUCUUGUCAGCUUCAAAGAGUGGCUGAAUCCAACGAUAUUAACUGUCGACUUCAGCCCCAGAAAAUUUCUGUUUUUCAUGGCUCAACUCGCCCGUCUAUCUCAAUUCCAAGCUACUUAGAGAGAAUUUUCAAGUACGCAAAUUGUAGCCCAUCUUGCUUCAUUGUUGCUUAUGUUUAUCUUGAUCGGUUCGCUCGAAGGCAACCCUCGUUGCCCAUCAAUUCCUUCAAUGUUCAUCGUUUGCUUAUCACAAGUGUCAUGGUUGCUGCAAAGUUCAUGGAUGAUAUGUAUUACAACAAUGCUUACUAUGCUAAAGUUGGAGGAAUCAGCACAGCAGAGAUGAACUUUCUUGAAGUAGAUUUUCUUUUUGGAUUGGGAUUCCACUUAAAUGUGACACCCAACACUUUUCACACUUGCUGUUCAUAUCUUGAGGGAGAGAUGAUGAUGCUACAACCUCAACCACCUCUAAAUAUAUCAGAUUCAUCUUUAAACGUUGGAAGAUUACUAAAAGUCAACUUGUGUUUCAAUGAAGAUGAAACCUCACACCACCAAAAGCGGCAGUUAGCUGUUUAAGCUUUACUGUAAACUGUUAAUUACUCUUUCAACUUUUUCUCUUUUUUUUGGGGUUGGCAAAUUAAACUCAUAAAUUUCUGUACCAAACUUGUCUUGUGCUUUGUAAUUUUUUACUUUUUCUGGGUUUUGGAUUUUAAUGAUCUGGUAUGUACAGAUGGGAGAUUGUCCUUUACAGUCUGGCAGCCAAAGUCCAUUAUGUACUCCUUCCUUAAUUGUAUUGCUUGAUGCGUUCUUAUCCAUGUUAUGAUGGGCAAUCGAAUUAUUCCCGUCGAA